UUUGGGAGCACUGCUCCCAAACUCCUCUGCAUCCCGCCGGGAUGGAAGGACCCGCCUCGACGCUGUGCCUGAGGACUUGCUACAUCAAACACUGCAAACCCCUGGGUGUUUCAGCAAACCCAGCCCAGCUGGGGCCAUUCCCCCUCUGCAGGGGCUGCUCCCGCAGGAUGGUGAAAGCAGAGCGGUCAAACAGUGUUAGCAAGGGUGCCUUGCCCAUCAUCCCAGAGUAYCCAGGCUUCCAGGAUGUUAAGUUAUCAAGACAUUAUUUGGGAAACCCAGCCUUCAACCAGAUUUUCCAGGACCUGGAAAGAGGGAAGAGCUCCUCCCCACACCUCAAUAAUUUCCCGAGGAGAGCCUCAYUGGUCCAGUGCCUGGGCAGCUCCAGAGGCCACCAGAGCAGCACUGCUGGCUUCCAGGACAAACUCCUGCAGGAGUAUUUCAACGAGAGGCUGAUGGAGCUGGGCAGCUACGACAGCAAGAGGAGCAGCAGGAGAUCCGAGGUGUUUGCAGAGAAGAGCCAGAGCGCAUUCCUGACCCGCAGGAGCAGCUGUGGUGCCGUGCUGCUGAUGGACCAUCAGGGCCAGGAGCCCUGCAGCCCAGCUAGCCAGCACAGAGAGACAGGGAGCCAGGGCAAGGAGCCAAAGGAAACACAGAACAUCCUAAAGRUCAGCACAGGGGACUUCUUGGACCUUCUGACAAUGCACAUCACUGCUCCUCUAGAGGCGUUUGUGCAAAAGAAGUGACGCUGGAGAUGGUGGCUGAUUUUUUGUGCAGUUCUAGAAGCCUGGGAGGAUUAUUCCUGUUCAGCACCAUUCGGAUUUUAGCUCAUAAAUGUCACUCCACUGUGAAAGGUGCUUGUUCUGCCAUUGUUCUGGAUUAACAUUGCAUCUAUUUGUUUUUGAUUAUUUUCUCUGAAGAAUCAGCGUGAUUGAGCCAUAGGUGUGGAUUAUAGCAGCGCUCUAAAUAUGUGCAUGUGUUACUAGAAUGCUGAAGUUGCCUUCAGAAAAGGUGAUUAGCAUCAGAGGAGCAGCUUGUUUCCUGCUGUGCAGUUUGUGUUAGUUAAUCUGAAGGAAGAUUGUUGCUUUCUGCCUCGUUAUUUUGCUUGUUUAAAGCCUCUUGGUUUUAUUGUGUCACUGCAGCCCGACUAAUUUAUGUUCUUGUUAUGACUUAUUUCUGACACAGAUUGCAAAUAGUCGAUGAGAAAUCACUGAUUUUCAAUCAUUGCCACAUGUAAUCACCAGGUGGAUCACUGCAACAGUUUGAUGCACGAAGAAGCAAACACAGACAUAAGAUCCAUUUUUAAAUAUGAUGAGCUAUUAUGGUUUCAUUUGCAGACUCAAAAACCCUUGACUCAAAAAGCACCACAAGGGCCAAGAGGAAAAAAAAAUGACAGUUUUAAGUUAGAAUGAUGGAAUUAAGUAUGAAAGAAGGCUCCUUCCCUCUUUCCCACUGUAAAUACAAGAACCACAUAGUGAAUUCCUAAUGUAAUCUGAACUUCAAACUGUUUAUUGUAUUUUAAUGUUUAUCAUGGUCAUGUAAGUAUAAAAUGUCAGCUGCAGCUGAAUCUUUUUACUAUKGGAAAUGUCAGUGUUUAAUUCCACGGUGAGUAUCAGACCCAAAAUGGGGCUUCCAGAAAGAUCCAUUACUGCCUGUGGUGUCGUCAGCAAUAAAAUCCUCA